AUGGAUCUGGAGACGACAAAUUCCGAGAUGCCGUCGGUGCAUAGUGGCAGCGAAACUGCCGUCGACGAGCAGGAACGGAAUUGGGUAUACCCUUCGCCGUCUCAAUUUUACACCGCAGUUACUCGCAAGAAUCACGAUGUGCGCGCGGAAGAUAUGAAUGUUGUUGUGCCAAUACAUAAUGCGGUCAAUGAAGAAGCAUGGCGGCGCAUUUUAGAAUGGGAGCGUAGCUGGAAGGCGCAAGGGUCAACAGCGCCGCACUUGGUCAACUUUGUAGGUCGGCCCAAGGACUUGACUUGGCGUGCCUGGUUCCGCAGCCUUGCUGGGUACCAACCCCCCUUUGAUAGGCACGAUUGGGUUAUCGCUCGCCCGAAUCCCGACUCGGAUGCGCCGCGCAUGAUGCGCUACAUUAUCGACUUUUAUGCGGGCCGCCCUUCGGCAAAUGCCGAGAUUGAUACCAAAAAUACCAUGAUGCGCGCACAAGAUCCAAAAAAUGCCGUGGCGUUCUACCUCGAUGUUAGACCUGCUCCCGAUUCGGCAGAAGGCAUUGCCAUGCGUCUCCAUCAGAUCUGGCGCUCUUUUUCACCGUCGUAA